CUGCCUAUGAUUUCAAAUUUCUGGUUUUCGAACGUUGGAUCCGUAAGGCGGUAAGAACCUGCCUAUAUAUAGGAAUAGGAUUAGGAAUUCUCCGCCUCUCGAUUACUACCAAUUUAAGGAUUAACGCUCGUCUUGUUAGCUCUUCAUGAUCUCCUUUGUUGAAGGUUCCAUUCUCUGCGUGCAACACUUCUCGAAAUACGUAUAUGAUUUUAUUUUUUGAAGAUCUUUCGAAUUUCAAGAACAAAAGUAGGAGAAAGAUGAUAAUGAUCAUGACAGCAGUGGAGGAAAGGAAGAUGGAGUUCGGAUCUCUACCACUAAAGAAAUGCUGGACUUUUGAUGACAACAACUUUAAGAAGUUCUUGAAUACUCUUUCACCCAAGAAACGCUGGAGGCCGUUUGAAUGUAAUAAUUUCUCAGCUGCAAACGUCAACAACUACCUGCAUGCAGAAGGCCGAGAAGAAGAGUCCAGGAAACCCAAAAGGAAGAGGAAGAAGAUGAACUACAAUCAACGGACACUUGAUCCACCUGUACCCGACAUGCCGGCACAGUUGAUGAACAAAAUCGUGAUGGAGCUGCAUGGUUGCGACAUAAAGCUUGUGAUCCAAAAAGUUUUGAUCCCCACCGAUUUGGAUGAAUAUCAAGCCCGGCUUUCACUUCCAAAUGGAAAAAUCAAGGUUGAGUUUCUCACCCAAGAGGAAAGAGAUACAUUAGGAGAAAGAAAAGCAGAUGGGGUUCAUUGCAUAGGGUUGGAAUUGCCAUUGAUAGAGCCAAGCCUGGCCGUAUCAAACAUCAACAUGAGGAAGUGGAAAUUGGGUAAAACCGAUGCAUACAUCUUGAGUUCCCCAUGGAUAGAGAUUGUAGCUAAACGGGCUGCGCGUAAACAGUUGUAUACAACUUUGGUCCUUCAGAGUUGAGAAAAGGCUCCACUUGGCCUUGGUUAAGCUGCUAGACAACUAAUAGCUAGACUUUUCUUGUACCCUUUGUGGUCUUCUGUGCUUUUUGUUUCUUAAUUGGUUGAAACAUACUGUGAAAAAAGUGUUAGAAUUUAAUUGUAUUAUAGUUUUAAUACAAAGAGAU